GGCUAGUUUUACACCCACGAUUUGGGCACUCGUUUGUGUAGAAAUAUUUUGCUUAAUUUAGAACUGCAGAUCAACAAAUUACACAUACGAAUGUGUGCUUCAAACGUUGAAAUGGAAUAUGUUUCAAUCUACUUAGGUGUGUAAGCGGAAAGAUCACUCAGACAGUUGGUAGAGUCGAAGGACGUAUGGGAGUUUGUCAACAAAAUCACAAUCUACCUGUGGCGACGGAAAGAAAAUGAGUAAGACCAAACAGCAAAUACACCCAACAAAACCUAUUUUAAAGACAAAAAGUUCCAGGUCACUGAUCGCCAACAACAGACAAGCAUCAAACUUACUGAGGGUCACAGUCCCCCAUGAACAUGAUUCAACGUACGGAGAAGAGAUCGGAAACAAGCAUGAAGUCAUAUGGAAAAACGCCAGCGGAAAAUUCAGCCAGUCUCAUUUAGUGGAGAAAAGGGGUCAGUGUUGUGAUGUUUUGGACGGUUUCCGCUUUGACCGUCCUGAGCUGGUCAUUACUCUUCUGGGAACCACCUACACGGAUGACGUCAUAGCCGAUACUAAAUCUAUACGAGAACCAAGUUUUAUCCAGCCAAAACAAAACGGCGGCGGUAACGGACAGGUUUCGAGUCCGGCGGAGAAGAAAGCAUUGACUAAAAAUGACAUGAAAUUUGCUCUGUCUUAUACGGGCAAGGGUGGCCUUCACCUCCUUCAACCCCCGCUGAGGAGGCGUCUGAUCCAUCUGAUUCAAAACAUUGGAGCUUGGAUUAUGAGCGAAUACGAGGAUAAAGUUGUUCUAGAAAGUUCCAACCUGCCUUUCCCAGACCUACGGGAUCAUCAUCAGGAUCUUCUAUUUCCAGAGGACAAAUACAUCUGGCCACCCAAAGUAACAUACAGCUGUGUUUGUCUCACCAGCAAGAAGAUCGAAUCUGUUACAAAAGAACUAAAGUGCAAUGAAUGUAUACUAGUAGCAUCGGGGACAAAAGAAAGUCUAAAGCAGCUUAACAAAUACAAAGAUAAAUGGAAGCAUAUGCUCAUAGUAAAAGGCUCAGGUGGCUUGGCAGAUGUCUUAGCUUAUGCCAUUCAACAUGAUCCUCAGGGAAUAAAUGAUAGGCUCAUAAUAGACAUGCUUAACACAGUAGAUGCCAAUAAAACAGCAGAUUAUGGAAGCCUAGAAGAUGAACGCGCCUCUACAAAGUCUGUAGUUUUGACUGUGUACAGCAAUAGUUCAAGUCAGAAUGGAGAUCUGAGUUCAGAUGACAAAACCUGCAUGCAGUGGAUAAAAGAAAUUUGUCAAAAUGCCACUCUUUUUGAACCAGAUCUUUCACUUUCUGACCUUGGCCUUGGCAGAGCUAUCAUCCAAGCAAUUUUUAAUGGCUGUGACAAAAGAAAUCCAGAGUUGUUGAAGUUGUGUGUAGAUCUUGACUGCAUCAGGGAAGCUUCUAAAUAUAUUUUUUUGCCUGGCUACAAUAGCAAGGAUUGUGUUUUUGUGCUGAGGUCAGCAUUUGCACAAAACAAAGUUCAUUUUAUUGAGUAUUUUCUACAACAUGGAGAUUUCAGGGCUAUCGCCAAUGAUCUCAACGUUAGACGAAGUAUUAUGUCUGAUUCACGUGCAAUGAGUUUUAACAAAAAUACUCUUUGGCAAGCUGCAGCUUUAAACAAUGAAGAUGCUUGCAACAUAAUUGAUCACCUGUUCCGUCAGUCGCUUGUGUCCAACAACCUAGAAAUGUCUCUUCUAUUUUGGACUGAAACAACGCACCCAUUAGCUACAGCCUUGUUGGCCUACAGGUUUUUGAAAAAAAUGGCUAAAAAAGAGAAAAAUGUCUUGCGGAGUGAGGCCAUCAAAGAAGGAGCUCGAGAAUACCAAGAGCUGGCCGUAGCACUAGUCAAUGCUUGCUACGAGAAAGACCCCUCAACCACAUCUAAGAUGAUCUCCAGCAGGAUGGAGCUCCUUAACGACAAAUCCUGCAUCGAGUUUGCUCUGUUGUCCCACAACAGAGAGUUCCUGAUCCAGCCCGCCAGCAUCAACCUCCAGAAACAUCUGUGGAACUGGGGCAACAGUUGGGACUUUUAUAAGGAGAUCUCCAGGGACCAGUCCAAGACACAGGAUGCUAGAGCUGCCAAUUCACAACAGGAGUUCUCUGAAGAGAGCAAUGAUUCACUAAAGGAUACAAAAAGCUCUGGUGAAAACUAUUGUGCAAAUUUAGACAAAUAUUACCUACUCCUAUGUUACCCAAAGAUAAUGUUUGCAUUUAGUGGGAUCGGUCUUCUUAUUUUCGUGUACAUGUUUGGCCAGCUUAUGCUAGGCCAGUUGCAUCGUGCAACAUUUAAUUGGCUGGAGGUCUAUUUGUUGGUGUAUGUUGUCAUUGAGCUGGCUGAGGAAAUUAUGGAGUUCUACUACACAGAACCAGCUUUUGACAAUAAGGGGAAUAAACUCUGGCUAAAGCUGAAAACUUUUUAUUCAAGUGGAUGGAACUGGGUUGAUUUGGUUUCUAUCACGCUGUUUUUUAUUGGUGCUGGAUUAAGGGUGUAUUCAUUUUUUGAAUCAACAGAUUCUGAUAUCUUUGAGUUUGCCAGAGUUCUGCUGUGUUUUGACUUUAUUAUGUUUACUAUUAGACUUCUGCACAACUGUUACAGCAGCUCACACUUGGGUCCCACGUUUGUCAUGAUUUUAAAAACUACCCAGGAGCUCUCCAUAUUCCUGUACAUCCUUGCCAUUGUUUGGAUCAGCUACACCAUAGCAUCAGAAGCCAUCUUGUACCCCAAUUCCCAGCUCAAUCGUUACUUGAUCUUCUACCUGUUCCGCAAGGCUUACUGGCAGAUGUUUGGGGAACUUUUUCUGGAUGAGCUCGAGGCUGAAGAAAAUGGAGAAGGUUUGAGUGGUCAUGAGUGCACAACAGAUCCAGAUUACUACAAUACCUACAGAAAACUGCGAUGUCCUUCAAACAUUGGCCGCUAUAUAGCACCAAUUUUGUUAGGUGUCUACAUCAUGUUCACAAAUGUCCUACUUUUCAGCUUAAUCACAGCCAAUUUCACGAAAUCUAUUGAGAAGAUCCAGGCUAAAGCUGACAAAGUUUGGAGGCUGCAAAUUUUAGACUUAACUAUUGCAUACAACCAAGUUUGGUUCCUGCCUCCCCCUUUUACACUGAUCUCCCUUGUAGCUCGUUUGCUUGAGAGGAAGAAUAAUCUUCAAUUUUUCAAAACAAUAACAGAUCCCCAAUUGCUGGCAAAAAUAAAUGAUAUGGAGGCUGAAGUUAUGCAAAUGCACAUUGAGCCAAUGGUUUUUAAAAAGAAAAAUAUUAAAGAACUAAAAGCCAGUGAUACAUUAAAAUUUCAAGCAGAAAAUCAGAAAGAUGUGAACAGUUACAACUGGACAGCCAUGGAGGAUUUUUCCAGCAACUUUUGGGCUCCACUAAAAAGUGACAGAACCCUGACCGAUGAGAGCAGUGCAUCAGAACACACCAGGAGUGACCCAGAGAACCUGGAGGAUCUCACCUACCUAAACCCCUUUAAAAAGCAAAGCCUCAGCUUUAAUAGAUAUGACAAGGUUUAUAAAAUUGACCGGAGGAGCUACCUGGGUAAAUACAAGGUCACACAUGACGGUUACCCGGUUAACCCUAAACUGCAACCGGCUGAUGAGAGGGGAGACAGAAGAAGAGCUCAAGGCCUGCCAAGAUGGGGUCCCAAUCAUCGUGGGGUCGUUAUUGUAACCAGGCUGAAAAUAAAGGACCAACACAUAGACAGGAAAGAUAACAGAGAUAUAAUUGAGUUUCUGGUGGAAAAGAGUGCUACUGAGAGUCAUGAGUUUCACUUCCCCAUGGUAAUUUGUGAUCCGAGUGUUGAUCCUUUUACUUAUUUUCUACAAGCUAUCAAGAGUGAUCCUGAAAGGCAAAUACAAGAAACUGUUGGUACUGCAAUGAAGACAAAGCUUUUCAAAAAGAAUUUACAGGUUAUGGCAGCACAAAGCAAAGAAACAGAAAAGAACGGUACUAUUACACACAAAGAUUUAAAAACCAAAGUUUCCAGCUCAAAAUUUAAACCAGCGCAUUUGGAAAAUGCUCAGAAAGAUGAGAAAAGCAAACAGAAAGAGAAGAAAAAAUCUAAAAAGAUUAAGAAAACUGUCCGCAACUGUCAGAGAAGUGACCCAGUUUACCGUGGAAUUUUAGACGACCCCACAACAAUGAACAGUUGCUCAUGGGUUGAGAUCAGGGUCAUCAACUACCACAACCCUAGUGGCGAGAACUGCAAGCUCAUCAACAAAUCUCAGAACUACAUGUGGAUUGAUGAGGAACAAUACAACAGCCUGCCACCCAGAGAUCUGAACUUCCUGGAGAGAGUUUGUGACCUGCGCAACGCCUGGUCACCCAGGAAAGCUGAAAGGAUGACAUCAGCUAAGAGUGUCAGAAUAUCGGCCAGGACGCCACUUUUGAAGUGAUCGUGGCAACAAUCAAGCUCAUGAAUUUUACAAUUUGUUUCAACAGAAUCUAUGCAAGGAUAUUGUUAGCCCGGUGUGAUAGUGCUUUGAAAAAGUGUUUUUGUUUGCAUGUUGGAAAUGUUCAAGAUUUUCUAAUAUUGAAUAAUGAGUAGCAAUUAAUUUAUGCCAUAUUUAUAUGUUUUUAAUCAUUUAUUAUCAUAAACAGAUAAAGCAUACUUUUAGACUAGAUAUAACCCUACUCAUAAGAAUACAUUAUAUUUUUCAGUUCUCUAUCCUAAUUAGAAUUUUUGUUUAAAAACAAUUUGAUAUAAUGGGUCUUAGAUAGGGUAGUUUUGUGUAAGAUAAAUUAGUUUAAAUAAGGUAGAUUUAAUGUCACACAUCAAUCACACAUCAAUAAAGUAUUAGAUAGGCCAAAUCAAUAGUCAUUUAGUAUAGAAGAAGGACCCAAUAACUUCAUAUAAAAGGGAUUUUUCUGAAAUUUUUGUGUAAUGCAAAAUUAUAACUACACAAUAGACAAUUAUAUUUUUUAUGUUAAUUAUUGUUAUUACAUUGAUGUAAUCAUUUUACAAAUGUUACAUUUAUUAUUGUAUUAAAUGUGAAAUGCAUUAUGUGAAUCCUGCCUUACUUAACAUAUUUAUAUGUUUAAUGAUAUUGUCUCUGAAAUAAAUUUGAAUUCAUUUUUUACACUUGGCCAUUUUUAUUCUACAUGGCCCACAUGGCCAUGUUAUCCUACAUAGUUAUAAAUGGCCAGCGCCCAUCAUAAAUGAAAAAUGAACUGUUUUUCUUUUUAAUCUAUACAACAUUCACUAUAAUGGGUGUAAAAGGCAUUUUUAAAACAUUUUAAAGUUUUCCCAGUGUUUCAAAAGUUUUGUUUUGGAAAAAACAUUCAUUAAAAUGAACUACUGCUGCCUUUGUAAUAAAAAAUUA